AUGGUCGGCAGAGGAUUUGACAUUGGCGCCGUCGUGCGCAGCCCGCCGCUCAUUGCGACUAUUGGUGUCGCGUUUGUCGCGUGGUUUAUUGCCUUUAUCGGCCAGUGUGUCGUCGAAGCACAAUCUAUGGCGAUUGGAACACCAUCUCUUGGUGUACUGUGGUUCGCGAUAUGGGUCCAGAUCCUUGUGGUUGUCUUCUUCCUUAUCUCCGCUGCAAGCGGAUCACUGUCCCAGCACCGCUUCGCGCUCGCCAUCUUCACUGCUAUUUGCGUCGUGUUCUCCGUCCAGGGCGUCCAGAACAUCUUCUACAAAGGCAAUGGCCCUAGGAUUGCCACCGGUGUCGGAUGGCUUCUGCUCUGCAUGGUUGACCUCGUCUGGCUCCUCUUCCUGACCUCUGACGAGGACUCGUGGCUGUUCUACACGUUUGGGUCGGGCACCGUUGGUGGGUGGGGCGGGGCGCCCUCGAGCAGGCGGCACUCUGGACGCGCCUCCCGCGCCGAGGCUGGCGUCUACGGCAACGAGAGCGCGGGUCUCCGCGCCAACGGCGCUGACCGGGGGAUGUCCAGCCACGAGCUGCCUGCUACGUACGCCAACGGCGGCAUGGGCAGCUCGAUGGGCUACUCGACGCCUAUCAACCUUGACGGACCGAGCCCAGUCAAGAUGAACGCGACCUCGCCCCAGCCCGACUUUGCCAGCGCCAUCGGCCAGAGCACCGACACAGUCGCGUACAAGCACAAGGCCCGCGCAAACUACGCGUACUCGGCAAGCCCAGACGACCCAAACGAGGUCUCGUUUGCCAAGGGCGAGAUCCUCGAAGUCCACGACACGACGGGCAAGUGGUACCAGGUCCGCACGGUCGGCGGUCAGACUGGCAUUGCCCCCUCCAACUACCUCACUCUCCUUUAA